AUUUGUUGCUGCGCCGCCACCGCCCGAGCCAUGGUCCGCGCUCCACUCGGGCUCUCUUAGCAGCAGCCGCCGCCGCCGCCCUGUGAUCGCUGGCUUCACUUCCUCCUUCUCUUCUUGCUGAGCCACUUUCCUCCUAGAGCUAUGACCGUCGUCUCCGUCCCACAGCGGGAGCCACUUGUCCUGGGUGGCCGUCUUGCGCCCCUGGGCUUUUCCGCCCGCGGUUACUUCGGGGCCCUGCCGAUGGUGACCACGGCCCCGCCGCCUUUACCCCGGAUCCCGGACCCCAGGGCACUUCCUCCCACCCUUUUCCUCCCUCACUUCUUAGGGGGAGACGGUCCCUGUCUGACCCCGCAGCCUCGCGCCCCAGCACCUCUGUCCAACUGUAGUCUAGCUACGGCGGGAGGCACCCCUCGGGCAGCACCAAAGAAGCGGCGAAAGAAGAGGGUGCGGGCCAGCCCGGCGGGACAGCUGCCCAGCCGCUUCCAUCAGUACCAGCAGCACCGGCCGAGCCUCGAGGGCGGUCGGAGCCCCGCGACGGGCCCGAGCGGAGCGCAGGAAGUCCCGGACCAGGCCGCCAAUUUGGCCCCGGGUCCUGCGGCCGCAACCCAAACUGAGGAAGCGAGCCUUUUCCCUGGCCCGGUGCCGCCCGCGGUGCCCGGCCAACCCUCAUUCAGAAGAGAGGUUUUAAAAUCAAAGAUGGGAAAAUCGGAGAAAAUUGCCAUUCCCCACGGCCAGCUUGUUCAUGGUAUACACUUGUGUGAACAACCAAAGAUAAACAGACAGAAAAGCAAAUAUAACUUACCACUAACCAAGAUCACCUCUGCAAAAAGAAAUGAAAAUAACUUUUGGCAGGAUUCUGUUUCAUCUGAUAUAAUUCAGAAGCAGGAAAAAAAGCCUUUUAAAAAUACUGAGAACAUUAAAAAUAUGCAUUUGAAGAAAUCCGCAUUUCUAACUGAAGUGAACCAAAAGGAAAAUUAUGCUGGGGCAAAGUUUAGUGAUCCACCUUCUCCUAGUGUUCUUCCAAAGCCUCCUAGUCACUGGAUGGGAAGCACUAUUGAAAGUUCCAACCAAAAUAGGGAGUUGAUGGCAGUACACUUAAAAACUCUCCUAAAAGUUCAAACUUAGAUCUCAGAUUGCAGUAUGUCUGUAAAACAUUUUUUUUCCAAAAUCCCUGGACUCUUGAAAAGAAAAUUGGUACAGAAAUGGAAAUUUGCCUUGUAACAUACAAGUGCAAAGGAGUUUCAAAAAUUACAAACAACUUGUAUUAUAUUUUAUAUUUUGUAAAUACUGUAUACCAUGUAUUAUGUGUAUAUUGUUCAUACUUGAGAGGUACAUUAUAGUUUUGUUAUGAAAGUAUGUAUUUUGCCCUACCAAAUGGUAGGUGUUUUGUAUAUAUACAGUGGAGAAAUUUUAAGUGUGCUAAGGCACAUGGAAGACUGAUUUAUUUGCACAAGGUACUGAGAUUUUUUUUAAAGAAACAGCUGUCUAAUCUCAAGGUGAAGAUCUAAAUGUGAACAGUUUACUAAUGCACUACUGAAGUUUAAAUCUGUGGCACAAUCAUUGUAAACAUGGGGUUUGUUUGUUUCUCUAAAUUGAUUUUUGCCUUCUAAUCUGUAAUUACUGGAAAACUCCUAUUCCCAUUUUUACCAAACUUAAUUUCUGGGUUUUGGUUUAUCCAUUCAAAUUUAAAAUACCUCUAAUUUUAAUGCCAACAAAAUUGGUUGUAAUCAAAUUUUUAAAUAAUAAUAUAAUUUGGCCCCCCCUUUUAUACUA